GUGCACGAGACGUGGCUGGACGGCAUUGAGGAGCUGAGGAGCUGCAUCAUGGAGAAGUGUCCUGAAGGGGGAAAGGCAAAGCUGCAACAGGACCUGGACCAGGCAUAUCAUCUGGUGGAGCAGCGCAUCGAGGAGAACAUGGAGGCCUUCAAGACCCGCGCCCUCGCCACUGCCUUCGCCCUGUCCCCUUCGCUACAAGCACACCUCGCCACGUUGGAUGGGGAACCGAGGGCAGCUGCGCCAGCUGGCAGUGUGGUUGGAGCAGGCGGGGACGAUGACCUGGCGGCUGAAGCGGCGGCUCUUGAUGAUGAGCUGGCAGAGCUCCAUGCCACGCUGGCGAAGAAGAGAGCAGAGCUGCGAGCGAUGAGGCGGCAGCAGCGGCAGCAGCAGGCAGCAGUGAGCAGUGAGGGGCAGCUGAAGCAGCUGCAGCAGAUGAUGCAAGCAGACCACAGCGAGCUGCAUGCGACGCACGAUCGAUUGCAAGCGCAGCUGCACACGGCCAUGGACAUGACUG